AUGGCUGGCCAAAAUUCAAGUACCAUUAAUGAAGCUCCACAAAACCCAACGCCCAACUCACUCAUUCAGUGCUAUUCAUUGAACCUCAAUGACCAAACCCGUAUCAUAGAUGGGAUAUCAAUGCUUUCUGGUUCUGAAGUGCACGGCUCAUCUGUAAGCAAUGUGAAUGUGCGCCUGAUAAAUCCAGAAAGUACUGGUUCUAAUGCAUUUUCUUCAUCGCAAGGAAAGAACAUUUUUGGAUAUGCCUCACAUGGAACUUCAUGUCCCAUAAAUAACAGUGAGUUUCAGGAGCAAACAGCCGGAGGAACACCAGUUACCCCUGCUUCACUUGCUAGCAUUCUUGCUGCUAGAAUUGGUCUUCAAGAAAAUUUAGAGAAAUCACAAGUUUUAUCUCCUUCGUUCAGUUCAUUGGGCUCAUUGGGACCUUACAUGUUAGACAAUUGGUCAUAUACUCCAAGUCAUUUGCAUUUAACUUCCGGGGGCCAUGACUGCAACAAUCAUAUGCCUGAGGAAAUCUUGGAUUCAAAUGGAUGGGCUUCAUCAAAUGUUACAGACUUGAGCAGCCAUGCUUAUGGUUCAUCUAAUUUUAGUAAUGAACCUGUAUUAAGUCUUGCAACAUCUCAAACCACAGGCCAGUGCUCAGAGGUGAGUUGUUCUGAUGAAAUCACCCGUUGCUUCAGUAAAGCAAGGUCAGGAUUGGAACAUGCCUCUUGCAGCAACAGGGAACUUGCCAUGAGUCUGAACUCUGGUAGACACUUCCAUUUUUCGCAGGCAAUGCUAGGAUCAAGAUAUCUUACUGGAGUUCAAGAGAUACUUGCUCAACUUGCAAGCUUUUCACUUGAGAAUCUUGAACAGAUAAGAUAUUCACAAGCAAAUUCUAUGUUCAAAUUCCACAUGGAAGCUCCAUUGGAAAGACAUGCAGCUGAAUCAAAGAAAUCCCAGCUGCUGACACUCUUAGAACUGGUGGACAAGCGAUAUAAUCAGUGUUUGGAUGAGAUUCAUACUGUUGUGUCUGCAUUCCAUGCUGCUACAGAGUUGGACCCACGCGUUCAUGCGCAUUUUGCUCUUCAAACGAUCUCUUUCUUGUACAAGAACUUGCGAGAGAGGAUCAGCAAUUACAUUCUUGCCAUGGGGCGGGAUUUUGACAGUUUAUGCACACUGGACAAGGAAAGAUCUGUUGAUACUUCACUCAUCCAUAAGCAACUGGCUCUCCAACAGUUGAAACGAAAAGAUCAUCAGUUAUGGAGGCCCCAAAGGGGCUUGCCAGAAAACUCUGUCUCGGUCUUAAGAGCCUGGAUGUUUCAGAACUUUCUCCAUCCGUAUCCUAAAGAUUCAGAGAAACAUUUACUUGCUUUAAGAACUGGGUUGACGAGAAGCCAGGUAUCUAACUGGUUUAUAAAUGCUCGUGUUCGGCUAUGGAAACCCAUGAUUGAGGAAAUGUACGCUGAACUGGAUCAUAAAAGAAAGGCUAGUCGAAAUGAAGGAGGAACAGAGAACAGCCGUGGAAAAUCAACUUUGAGAUAGAUGAAGGGGAAGCAAGCCGCGUUAAAAUGGGAAGGAACAUUUGCUUUUGAGGAUCAAGUCAUAGACUGAAGACAAAUUACAUGAUGCGCUCUGGAUAUUGUUGCAGGAGGUACAGUACUA